AUGGGACCUCCAAUUUCAGUAGGGGUGGGCUUUUGCCUACUCUUCAUCGUCGGAGGAUCUUUUGCUGGUAUACUCCCGUUGAAGGAUGAGCCCGAGUGUGGCAAGGGAUUGCCGGUCGGCAAAACCUUCGUGUACAAAUACGCAGGAGUUAGCAAAAUUGAAAAUGAAGACGUGAACCAGGAAGUGCAUUUCUCUGCCGAUGUGGUCGUUUCGGUUCCCCGAGAAUGUGUUCUCGGCGUUCAGUUGAGGAACGUCGAAUCGCCCCACCAAAAGUUCGUGCACUCGCUCCAGAACCACGUCAUUGAGGUUCGCAUGGACAACGGUGAAAUCAAGGAGCUCAAACACAACCCCGCCGAGCCUGUCUGGGCCCUGAACGUGAAGCGAGCCAUCGUAUCGAUGCUUCAGACGCCCUCGACGGCUCUUGAGAGCUCAGUCGAUUCCGACGAGAAAGACGUCCUCGGCAUCUGCAAAACAAACUACGAGCCGGUAGAAGCUUCCGGAGACGAGGUCGUCAUCCGCAAGACGAAGAAUCUGUUGUCGUGCGAGGCUCGCACCCUGAGCACAAAGAGCAUCUUCUUCACCGCCUACGACGCUCCUCAAUCGGACAUCCGCACUGCGCCAGUCGCGUCUGGAAACUACAUCUGCAGGAACAUCAUCAACAAGUCGACCGGAGUCCUCAAGGAGGCUACCUGCCAACAGACGGAAAAACUCUACUUGUCCGAACAAUCCUCAGCCACUCCAGGUGUCAUUUCGGUCGUGACUUCGGAAGCUUCUCUCGAACUCGUCCGCGAGGAAGAUGGAGCUCAGAACGUCCGAUCCGCCACGUACCGUCGCUCGUGUCUCGUCUUCGAUCACGAAUUCGAGCGCGACCAUCUUCGCGAGUCUCUGGUCUCCGCGAUCGACCGUUACUGUGACUCGAUGCAACCCGAUGUCCGUCCCGAGUCCGGAAAACUGUUCGGCGACCUCAUCAAAUCGAUGCGGUCCGCUCCGUACGCCAAGAUCGCUGAGGUCUACGAGUCGAUCGAAAACAAGCCUUGCGACACCAAGAAGCUGAAGACCGCUUUCUUGGACGUUCUCGGCAUGGCUGGAAGCACCGGAUCGAUCGAAAUGAUCGCGAAAUUCAUCCAGAACGGCGAACACAAGGAACACCACCAGAAAUGGCUCAAGUCAUUGGCUUACAUUUCGAAUCCCACUCAAGAUAUGGUGCAGGCCAUGAUUCCGGUCGUGCAAUCGGCUGGUCCUGAGUCAGCGAAAUCCAUCCUCCUGCCCGUCUCCGCGAUGGCUCACACCUUCUGCAAGACGCAAUACGAGGAAUGCGAUCAGACGGCUGCCAUCAAACAACUGCUGUCCGUUCUCGUGAAGAAACUCGACAACGAUUGCUCCGGCGAUCGAGCCAUCAUCGUCGCCACCCUGAAGGCCCUCGGAAACUUGGGUGUCACCGGAGGCUACCACAACAAGAUCAUGCAGUGCAUGAACGACAAGCCCACGGAUAUCCGCACGUACACUCUCAGAGCUUUCCGAAAGGUCUGCGACUCAGAAGUCACUCAGCAGAUGGUGAAUCUCUACGCCGAUCAGAGUGAGGACGUUGAAGUGAGGAUCGGCGCCUACUUGAACGCCAUGCGAUGCGCGGACUUCGACACCGUAGCGAAAAUCGUCAGCGUCUACGAGACCGAGAAGGUCGUCCAAGUGGGAUCUUUCGUUUACUCUCACUUGAGAGUGAUCCACGAGUCUGAGUGUCCUCUGAAGGCAGAGCUGAAACGUCUCAUCUCGACCUUCCCCGUCUCCGCGAAAUUCUCUCAGGAUCCGAGCAAGUUCUCCCAGAACUACGAAUAUUCGAAGUUCUACGAUUCCGUCAACAUCGGUGGCGUCGCUGAUGCUUCCAUCGUCUUCAGCCCGAAGUCGUUCCUCCCGAGGUCGGCUAGCCUGAAUCUUUCCCUCGAUCUCUUCUCGCAGAACGUCAACCUUCUCGAGAUCGGAGGCCGCGUUGAGGGUCUCGAGAAAAUCGUUGAGCAACUCGUCGGACGCAACAGCGCUCGUCCAUCCCGUCGGGCCUCCAGGGAUUCCACUGACGUCGAACGAUUCGACAACGACUUCAAGAACGAAAUCGCUACCGACGAGAAGAUGUCGUUCUACGUCAACAUCUACGGCAACGAAAUCGAUUUCGUCGAGUACAACUCGGUCAAGGAGCUCACUUCGCAGAUGCUCAUGUCCGUCGUCAAGGUAUACUCACUCCAUCCGUCAGCGCUCCUGAACAACAUCGUUCUCGAAGGCCAGAUCGAUAUCGCCAAGAACGCGCUCCUGGUCGACAAGAGCGUCAGCACGGCGACGAUCACCGGUCUGGGUCUGGUGCUCGAGAUGCGCGCCGUGACCAACACCGUGCUCAAGGCUUCCGCUCCGGCGUCGAACGAGGCCGGUUUCAUGAAGGCUUCCCUCGAGCCGAGCGCAGUCGUCCAAGUCGACGGAUCGCUCACUCUGAGCGCCGGAGUUUUCCGUCACGGAGCUCGAUUCGCGUCGACGAUCCACACUUCGUCGGUUGUCGAUGUCGAAAUCACCCGACGUGAAGGAGAGUUCAAGUUCCGUUUCAACACCCCCCGCGAGAAGCUCGAAAUCCUGAAUGCCAAGUCCGAGGUUUUCGCCGUUCAAGGCGAUUAUGAAACCCCGAUCACCGCCAAGGCUGUCCGAAACCUCGACGGAUGCACCAUGCAGCUGCCCGAAAUCUUCGGAAUGUCGGCUUGCAUUUCCGGUACCGUUCCCAAACCCUGGUACAUGGCCGGCCGCGGUUUCGUCAAGCCGUUCAACUUCGCACUGACCCUCCAGAAGACCGACACGAACAUGGAGGGCGUUGAGUUCAGCUACCUGUACUCGCGGAACAGCUUCAGCUUCGUUUUCGACACGCCCGGCUCGACUGUUGACAGACGUUCCGAGUUCCACUACAAAUCGACCGAUUCCAGCGUCACCGUGUGGGGUCAAUGCCCGCGAAAGACUUUCCAUUUCGGCAUCAGCACCGAGUCCGAGGAUUUCGUCGUCUUCAGGAUCGUCGACAAAGAGACCGAGAAGGCCGAUGAGUACGCCAUUCGCAUUCGAUACGGACUCGGGGCCAUUUUCAUCAGCAACGAGCUCGGACUCGAGUUCAGCUGCCCUCAUCUACGAGAGCCGCUCACCCUGGCAAUCAAGAACGUCAAUCAGAAGACCGAAAUUCUCAGCAACUACCCUCAAUCGAAUCCUCUCAACAUCACCGUCAACGUCGGCCAAACGAGCCUAAACGCCACGAUUUCCGUCGGAGAUCUCGACGCCUCGAGCAGGUUGUCGAUGCACGAAGAGAAGGAUAGGCGGACCGCGAAGUGGCACGGGGUCAUGCACACCACCUACAAGAUCGGCGAUAAAAAGACCCAGAAAUUCCACUACGAACUGAAACUCCGCGAAGAUUACAACGAUAACGUCGUCCACAGUUCGGCCUUGUCCACGUGGACUUCUACCUGCCACCCGCAGUACAACAACAAACUCGCGUACGAUCGUCAGAUCGAGGAUGAGAGCCGUAAGCACAAGAUCCAGGCCUGGUGGGGCGAGAAGUUCACCGACGACGACAAGACAAUCCGGAUCGCUACCGAGUCGAAGCAGAAGGGAUCCUUCGGCUACGGUCGCAUGACAACCCUCCAGCUCCGUGGCCAGGUUUACUCACCCGCCCUGGGUCUCGACUACGACGUUAACUUCGACAACAAGAUCGACCUCGAGAAAACGCCGCGUAUCACUUCGGAGCUCUUCGUUGCAUCGGACAAGAAGACUCUGGUCAAGUUCGACUACACUUUCGAUCGUCACAGCAAGAAAACCACCGUGAGAGCUUCUCUGAUCGCUCCGUACACGUCUCUGAGGCUCUCAGAUGAUUCUGAGGAGGUCUCGAAGGGAAAGUACAAAGGAACCUGCGAACUCGGAUGGGGUCUCGAGGGUAAGAAGCUCUCGAUCGACUACACCACUGAGCUCAUGGCCAACGGAAACCACGACGUCAAGCUGAACAUCCGCGCUCCCAACAUGAAGCCGAUCCAACACCGUCAGUUGGUGCGAAUCGCUCGAGACGUUGAGCUCAAGACCGAAACCCUCAUCGACGGGAAGGAGUACCUCGUUUUCGAGAUCAAGAGACAAGACAAGGAUGUCGCCUUCAACUUCGUCGGGCAGAGACUCCAGGUCAAGUACUCCCGCAGCGUCAAGGACAAGGCGCUCGAUGUCAAGCUCGACGUCCACAGCAAGGUCUACUACACCAGGCCAAUCAGCCUUACCAUCCACAAGGAUUCCCCUGGAAAGAAAUCCCACGAGCUGGCCGUCAAUUUCCUCUGGGAUGCCGUCGCUAACCCGAGCAAGAAACUAUCGAUCGACAUGAAGACCGACCGUGAAGACGGAGUCAAGACCCACGCCAAGGUCACCGUUUCCCAAUUCGUGGACUUCGAAUACAAGGGAGUCUACGUCAAGGGUUUCAUCAAGGGCCCGAACCGCGCCGAGUUCCGUCUGAGCGGAGCCAACAUUGAAGCCCGAGAGCUCAUCGUCGGUCACGUGCACAGCACCCCCGAAGGAGAGGGCUACCUGAAAUACACCAAAGGUGGCAAGGUCUGGAUCGAUGGUAAGCUUGGCCACAAAUUCACCAGCGAGAAGAGGCAUUACUACCUCUCCAGCACCGGAAUGAUCAACAGGAAGCUGGAUAUCACCCGAGACCUCGUGGCUCGAACACUGAAGAUCGACCUCGACCGUGACGGUAAAGUCUACAGUCUCCUGGUGGACAGGAAGACCGACUACAGCAAGGGUAUCAUCGACUGCAAGAUCACCAUGAACUUGCCGUACGAAGACUACAAAACGCAAGAGUUGACCGCCAAGGGAACCCUGGUCGACGGCAAACUCGACCUGACCGUCCACUACCUGUCGUCUCGCCAGAAGAACUACCACUUCGUGGUCAAGGGUACCCGUCCUGGACCGAUGGUUCUCGACGUGGAAAUUUCCAUCAAGUCCGACUACGAGAAGCUCAAGGAGGGCAAGGCCCAUCUGAAGUACAACUUGGCCGAUGCCGCCGAGCGCAUGUUCAUGCUGGACGUGGAGCGAGAGACGAACAAGAUCUUCGACCUCGAGGUCCACAUGAAGAAGGACGACGCCUCGAGAGAAAUGAACUUCAAGCUCGCGUCGGAGUUCACUCCGGCCUACGACGGAAGCAUGAAAAUGAAGGGAACCUCCAGCAAGUUCAACUCGAACAUGCUGAUCAACAAGAACGGAGCCGUCUGGUACACCGCCGAUGUCGAUUUUGAGAACACCGGAGACAAGAUGCUCUACAGCGGGAAAUAUCACGGCGGUAUCCUCGGUGGCGAUACCGAGGUAGCGUUCGAGAAGAACACCCUUCCAGGCAACAACCACCGCACCUACAAACUGAACGUCAAACGUAACGGUAAGGAGUUGAGGGCCGACGCCGAGACUCAGCGUGCCGAUGGUUUCAAGAUCACCUCGGUUAACGCUUGCCGUACCCCUCUCGAGACGGACUGCGUGAGCGUGACCGUCAAGAGGAACGUUGCGAACUUCAACGUUUUCCGUAACAACGCUCUGAACGUCAAGAUCCACCGAAAGCCCGACGUGACCCUCGAGAUCGACAGCCAGAUGCACAUUCCCCAGGAUGUCCACAAGGCCCAUGUACGACUCGUUGGAAACGUCAACGAGUUCAAACUCGGCUUCGACUACAACUGCGACCACUCCACCGAGCAGGUGUCGGAACAGACCCUCCGGGGCUACGUUGUCGAUAGGGAGAUGCUCGCGACCCGUCGUCGUGAAAACACCGACAAGUUCGUCGACAUCAAGUACAGCGCAGCCCUCGACGCCAAGAGCGAGGAGAAACUCGAAGCCUCGUACCGUCGCGACUACAACGACAAGGGUUUCAACAGUGUGCUCAAGCUGAGCCACCCCAAGAUGCGCACGCCCAUCGUCGUGAAAUCGGAGAUCAGCCGAGGAAAGGAUGCCAACUCGCUGUACCGUCUGGAGAGCGAGGUUGAGUUCUUCCGACCGGAAGACACCAUUUUCCUCCACUACGAACGCAGGCUCAACGAUGAGAUCGCUCGCAACAAAUCCAUCCAUAUCCACGUCCACAAGAAGGACAAGUCGGACUUCGACCUUCACGUGACCAUGUACCGAAGCAUUGAUCUGCAGAAACCCGUUUUCGCAGGAUAUUACUGGUCGUACGUGACAGCCAAGAAGGAGACUCGCGUCGGGACGAUGAAGGCUUUCCUUGGAGAGGACCUCAAGGGAUCCAUCGAGUUCACAUCGCCCUACCAGGACAACUUCAAAAUCACCGGAGAGGCAAAGGUCGUCAACGACGACGGUGACAAGGAAGCCGAAAUCGUGCAUCUCAAGAACGAUGUCGAAACCAAGGGCAAGAUCUCCUACAACCUCGCCAAGCUCUACAUGAAGGCCGUCGUCCUGAACAGCGAUGGCACCACCGGUCGCGAGCUCGAAGUCGACGGAGGUCGAAAGGAGAAGGGCCGUUACAAGCUGGUCCUGUCCAGUUUCCCUGAGGGCAAACGAACCACCGACCUCGGAAUCGAACACAGCCGAUCGAGCGAGACUUCCUUCCACAGCCGAGUGUACGCACCUCCGGAGUACCUAAAGCGCGUCGCCGAGCGUGCCAAGGAGAUCGCGGCCACGCGAGCUGGAAAAUACCCGAUCGAGGACAUGAAGGAGGAACUCAAGACCCGCACCGACGCUCUCGCUUUCAGACUGAGGAAAACUUUCGAGGAUGUGCCCGAGUACCUCCUCACGAAAAUCUCGCAGAUCUUCGUCGAGAUCCAAGGAUCGCUGACUCGUCUGAUCAACAACACCACCGUCGGACAGAGGCUGAAGGCUCGAUUCGAGGCCAACCGCGAAAGGAUCGGACAGCUCAUGCAGAAGUUCCUCGAGAUGGUGAGGAAAUGCUGUCCCGCGCUGGCUGAGCGUCUCGAAGCGUCCAUGGCGGAAUUCCUCCCGAAACGUGCUCGUCGCUCAGUUAAGGAGGAGUCGAUCAACUUUGUCGCAUACGUUCUCGUCCGAAUUGAAAUGUUCGAGGAGUGGCUCAUCAACACUCCACCGGUCAAGCUCAUGGUCCGCGCCUACAACAGGAUUGCCGACGUGGUCACGACCGUCUCGAAUGGGGUUCACGUGAGGAUCGAAGCACUCAGAAGGAAAUUCCUCGCCGUUCCCGACGUCAAGCAGAUCGCUGAAACUUGGGCAGAGCUUUACGACUCCAGCACUGCAGGUCAUCUUGUCCCGAAGGAGGCUCUCUUCAAGUACGUGAUCGCACCUCGUCUCGACAGAUACACUCCCCGAGUACCCGUCCUGGAAGUCGACCGCAAGGCUGGCCGAUUCGUCGCUGAUGUCGACGUACCCGUCGACGCUUCGAAACUCGUCCAGUACUGGGCGUACGGAACCGAGGAACCCCAACCAGAACGUCAGCACGGGUACGAGACGUACGACCUCUGCUCCACGAUGGAGAUGGUUCGGAAGAGCCUUUCCAAGGCGUACGAUGGUCAAGCGACCGUUAUCGACGGGAAGCACUUCAUAACUUUCGAUGGGAAGCAUUUCUCCGUCAAGGGCUCGUGCUCCUACCUGCUGGCUCGCGACUUCGUCAACGGCACCUUCAGCAUCGUUCUGAACAACAACGGUGACGUGCCAUCGUACGUGCUGCAAUUCGGAGACACACGCAUUGAAGUCCGCAAGCAUUCCAGCCUGGAAAUCACCCUCAACGGAAAGCCGAUCAGCGCUCCGAUGAUGAUGGACAACAUCAGUGUUCUGAGAAUGCUCGACAUGGUCAGGAUCAGCAACGGUGACGUCAAAUUCGUCCUGAACCUCAGCAACGGUGUCGCAACCAUCGACACCCGUAUCUGGUACUUCGGAAAGACCGCCGGUCUGCUCGGAAACUACAACCGCGAGCCCAGUGACGACUUCAAAACCCCGACGGGAGCCGUUGUCACCAACGAGGAUGAUUUCCUAGAUUCCUGGGAAACCGAGUCCUGCGACGCUGACCUCGUUUUGUUCAGGGACAGAACCGAAGAGGUCGAAGCCGUUGAAUUCUGCGACAAGAUCUUCAAGAAUGAGCUUUCGACGCUCUCUCUCGGUUUCAUGGUUCGCAGCGCCGACGAAUACCACGAUCUGUGUCUCCGCGCCGCACAAGCUGUCGAGAACAAAAUCCACUCUAGCUGCCAAGUCGCCUACGCUUACUUCAAGGACAUUGAGCGAUACGCCAAAAUCCCAUCAUACCUAGGAGCCCGGCUACCCGACGAAUGCCUGACCUGCGAGUUGCCGCUUGCGCCCAAUGCUGCGAUCGGCAAUCGAACUUAUGGACACUUCGAAACCGGUGAUACUGCAGACGUGAUCUUCGCGGUGCAGGACAACGAAUGUAAUGCGAACUUCAGCGGCAACAUUCAUGCCCUCGUCAAGUCUAUCGACAAAGAGCUCGCAGCUAAAAACGUCCGCCACAAUAGGUACGGGCUCGUCGGUUUCGGAGGAGAAGGCGAACUGCACGACGCGCACUUGCGGAGCGCUAAAGGUCGACUCAUGUUCCCGGCUAGAGACUUGCACUUAGCCCUGGAGGGCAUGGCGAUGACGUCGAACGAGCCCGGAGACAUUUUCCUCGCCGUUCAUGCUGCAAUGACCCAAUAUCGAUUCCGACCUACCGCAACGAAAGUCAUCGUCCUCUUCAGCUGCCAUAAAUGCUCGGUGAUGGACAAAACUGCCCCCGAUUACAUCGACUUGCGAACCGCGUUACUAGAGCGCGGCAUCUUCCUACAUCUCGUGAGCCGAGACAGUGUGAAAUCACGGGGGCAUGUUUCGAAAAGGAGCCCUCAGAUUCUCGGUCUCGAUACUGACGUCGCCUAUACCGCUAGAGACGUUAACCAGAACCCCUUGAUGGGAUCGUUGGAUUUAAAAUCACAAAUCAGAGCGCCCAAGAACGUUUGCGUCCUGAUGGCGCUCGAGUCGUCCGGAAGUUGGUUCACAGCGCCGUCGCAGAAAAAUGAGCAAAGAGCGUGGAAAAUCGUAUUUUCCAAACGAAUCGCUGAGAACGUCUCCCAGCAGGAGCAGUGUCUGGUAUGCGACUGCCAGGCGGCUGAAACAUACAGCACACGAACUGUCUGCAAACCCUGCAAGCCACGUAGGUUAGCUUAUGUCGAUUUUGAAGAGGAUGAAGACUGAGCCGUCCGUCAGCGGGUUUCUGGUGAGAAUCCAUGAUCUCACCGAGAAACCAUGUGAUUAUCCAUAACCGGAGUCAUAUGACUCCGAAACUGUUCCUAUCAAUCAAUGCACAAGACGAGGAAAAAAAUAAAUUUUAUACUCUCGUCGGGAGAGGAAAAAU